CAGUCCACGGCGCGACGCCCCGCCGAGCGCACGCACAGCCGACACGCGCCGCGCCGCGCAGCGCAGCACGCGCACGCUACGCACGACGUCAGCACGCCAGAGAGCGCGCACGUUGCCCUCGGCGCCGCCGAGCACUGAGUGACGGAGCUUUCUCCUAAGACAGUCACUUCCCACGUGUAUAUCGUCAGCCGGCAAGUUAAAACGGUUUUUGAGAACUCGCGAAUACGCUCCAUUCCACACUUUUGUCACGUUUGCCGAUCAACCAUCUGAUGUCCUGCUACCUUCUUCGCAGAGAGGCAGUGAUGGCGCCUAACUGAGUGGAAACAGCCGCCUGCAGCCAUGGGGACCUGAGGGAAGCCACCGCAGCCGCCUACACCAGCAGCAAGGACCAAUGAGGCCUUGCGAUGGGCCAGUCCCGGCUCUGGCUGCAGAGGUCGCUGCUGCUGCUGGUGGCCGCGCUUCUCGGCUGCCUGACGCCCGCCAAGCCAGAGGACGCCGCGACCACGAGAAAGGCUAGAGCGGAGGCGGCGCUGCAGGUGGUGCACGACGUGGCGACGGAGAACCUGGGCGCGCUGUGCGUCACCGAGCCCUACCGCUCGCUGCCUGCCGGGCUCGACACCAGCCGCUACGAGGGCGCCCGCCAGAAGGCCGACAUGGCUGCCUCCAUGCUGCAGGACCUCGGCCUCACACACCACGCAAGUCUGCUGGACGCGCUGGUGCGCAGCCUUGUGAUGUCGGACCGGCACGUGGUGGCGGCGCGGCUCCUGUCGCUGGAUGACUCCUCCGGCUCGGUGCUGGCGGUGUCAGCGUGGCAACGCGCCCGCGGCCCGGCGCCCGCGCUGGCGGGCCCGACUCGCGACGACGCCGCCCCCGUGGCUGGACGGCGUCCCGACGCGCACCUGCCCUGGUUUGAGGACGCCACCUCCAGCCCCGCACUCCGCUCGCCCAAGUUCGUGCCGUCGCCCGUGAACGCCUCGUACCGCGGCUGGUGGACCUACCCCUACUACUCGUGCCACGUGCGCCUCUGGCUCGUCUCCUACAGCAUCGCCAUUCAGCCCUCGUCGCACCGGGGGACGAAGGGCUACCUGUCGCUUGACGUGAACGUGACGCCGUUGGAGGUGAACCAGUGCGAGGCAAGCAGCGAGCCACCCCCGCGCUCCGAGCUGCGGGCGUUCCACAGUACGCACAAGUGCCACAAUGACACCACGCAGUGCGAGCUCCGGCCGAGCCCCGGCUGGGUGCGAGGCGGCUACGUUUGCCGCUGCCGAGAGGGCUUCUACUCGCCGCACCACGGCGGGGUCUUCAACGGCACACUGGUGGAAGCGGCGUGGCAGGAGCGCGAGCAGAACGUGAGCUCGCUGUACGACGAGCUGUUCCGGUGCUUCCGCUGCGCGCCCGGCUGCGCCACCUGCCGCGACCCUUCGCCCUGCCUGGCACCCUACAACUGGCCCUUCAGGCUGACGCUGUUGUCAUUUUCGGUGCUGUGCGCACUGUGCACCCUGGGCCUGGUCUGUUACGUCUACCAGCACAGAAGGCUCAAGGUGUUCAAGGUGGCGAGCCCCAUUUUCCUGGGCAUCACGCUACUCGGAUGUUCCAUCAUGUAUCUCGAGAUGGCCGCCAUUUUCCCUGUGCUGGAUAUGUACUCCUGCAUCGCUACGAAAUGGAGUCGGCACCUUGGUUUCUGCAUAACGUACACGGCUCUCCUGAUGAAGACUUGGAGGGUAUCGCUAACAUACAGGGUAAAGUCAGCACAUAAGGUGAAGCUGACAGACAAACAAUUGCUCCAGUGGAUGUUUCCCAUUCUGCUAGUUAUGCUCAUCUACUUGGGAACAUGGACUCUGAGUGCUCCACCUACAGCAGAAGAAAUACAUGAUAGCAUAGGCCUUAGGUUUAAGCAAUGCUCCUACAACUGGUGGGAUCACAGUCUAGCUAUAGGUGAAGUGCUUUUCCUGGCAUGGGGUAUAAGAGUCUGCUAUAAUGUUCGCAAUGCGGAAUCACUGUACAAUGAGGCCCGACUCAUCAGCUAUGCCAUUUACAAUAUUGCAAUUGUGAACAUUACUAUGAUUGCAUUCCACUUGUUCAUCUUUCCUCAUGCUGGCCCUGACAUCAAGUACCUGCUAGGUUUCAUCCGAACUCAGCUGAGUACAUCUGUCACAGUGGGGCUUGUAUUUGGUCCUAAGAUUGUGCGUGUGCUACGUGGUCAAGGUGAUCAAUGGGACAACCGUGCACGUGCACGGGGAGUAACAGCAUCUUUCUCUCUUAAUGGUAUUGGAUUGAUGCCGGAAGAGACUCCAGAUCUGUACCAGGAAAAUGAGGAACUGAAGGAAGAGAUUCAGAAGCUGGCUGCUCAGAUUGAAUUUAUGAAGAUCGUUCAUAUGGAGAUGAACAACAGGCACUUAAAGCCUAAACCUGGUGGCUACUUCAAUGCUGCCAGUACAGCAGUGACUUUGCAGAGUCCAUUGGGAAAAACAUCUGGAUUUGUUGUGGGCAAGAGCUCUGGAGCUGAGGAAAGCUGCAUUGUUUCAGCUACUGAUGGUGCUAGUGAACGUGUCUGACUAGUAGUCAAUAGUGAAGAAGUGUGGUUGUGACAGGAAACCAUUUAUGGACAUAUUCUCUUGCUACCCAUUUCAUCUUUGCUGUGGAAAUCCCUUGUUUGCAAAUGUGGCUGUGGAAUGUUUUCUGACCUUCAUUCUGCUGCAUCCCCUGCUGUGAAGUAUAGCAUGCUGACAGUUUUUUAAUUUUGCAAAAAAGUAUGACUUUUUCUUUUUCUCUCCCAGUGUGCAAAACUAUACCUCAAGCUUUUUGUUUAUUUAUUUUGUUCAUUUAUGUAUGCUGAUGCAAAGUGAAAGCUGUAAUGUCAAGUGAUUGUACCUUAGAACUACAAAUCUUCUACACCUUUUACUGUCACUUCUUACUGCAAUAAAUAGUGCUAAGACCGGAUGUACAUCUAUCACAUCAGAAAACAUGAAAUUGACAUUCCCUUUUUUUUUCAUUCUGUUUGUGAUCUGUAACAUAUUUUUCCUGAUGGUGAAUUACACCACUGAGAUGAAACAUUAUCUAAUCUUCUUUGCAAUAAACAUCAAACACUUUUUUGUUCAAAAGACACCACAGUACUUGUUUUUGAUAAAUCCUUGAGUGUUAUAUUUUUCUUUGGGUGCACCACAUUACAUUUUAAUUUGUUUAGUGUUAAAUUUGUAGCUUUAGGAAACCAUAGCAUUUUGAUAAUGACAGAAUGGCAGCAUGUCGAACAGAAUUGGAAAGUGCAUAAAUUCCUUAAUAAUUUUAAUAAUUUUGAUUUCAAGUGAACAUGGAGAGUUUUAUAAUGUCAUUAUAAUAGUGUAAUUAUUUAUUUUAUUAAUUAUUUGAUACACCUUUCCACAUAAACUUUUAUUAUUAACACUGCAAAAACUAGUUAUGGACAUGGAUACUGGUGAAAACUAUGCUCCACUACAGGACUUAAUAAAUAUUACAGGGAUGAAUUCCAUUCCACAGACUUCGAAAAGGUCAGAAAUACCAUUUAAAGUUUCAUUUUUGUCUCAAAAAUCUGAGUCCAUGUGCAUCAGUUCAGAAAAUGGUUUCCAGUAAAAUGUUAAGUGUUUCUAACAACCACAAUUCUUUACUAUUGGCAUAUGUAUUUGAAGAAUGUGUGUCAGUGUACAAUAACUUUAAAUAAAUUUUAUGUAAUCUUCCUUAGAAAUUAAUAUUCUACAUAAAGAAAACAUUGAUUAUUUAAUGAGUUAAUGUUCUAUAAAAAAGACUGUGCUUUGAGUGAAUACUUAAAAAAAUACUUGUGCUGGUAGUAACCCUGAAAAAAAUUAUUUUAUGUACCAGUUUCAUUAUUAAAAGGAUAAAACUAUAGGGUUUGAUGGCUGUUUUACUUGCAGAUUGGGACCAACAGCAAAUGUGAAUAUUUGAUACCUUAUGUUUAUAUUUUUAAGUUCAUUGUAAACCACUGCAUGAGCAUGAUUUAUACACCACACAAGUGUUUUACCCCCUUUACAGGUAAUUUGUUUGGGGAACUCACAUGUCUGAUGUUUGUAUUCUUAAAUCAUAAAAAUAUGAAACAUUUAAAUAAAAACACAGUUUUGUUUACAACAGCAGGACUCUUUCAGGGGACUAAUGCAUCACAUUUUGUGCUACUAACAGUGUUUCUCUAUGAUGUCUCAAAGAAACACUGAAAAGUCCAUUUCAAUACUUUAACUUCUGUAGUUAAGCCUGUGAAUCGCAAAGCAAAUGUUGUGUGCUUUAGUUACUGAAAAAGAACUAGUGACUGUGUCAUGACUAACUUCAUUAACCAGUACUAAGUGAAGAACUAUGAUCAUCCCACUAUAUCUCUUUCAGACAUGUUAUCUAAUGGUUUAGGGCAGAAUCAGCCGUUCAUAUUAGUAAAUUAAGUUUCAUUAUUUUUGUUUUUGACACAAAUGUCAACACUCAUGUUAAAACCUGCAUUAAGGAUUGCUAUCAUAUUGGGCAAUGCAUAAACAAGUAUUACUAGAAUUCCUAGAAUUGGUUAAAUUGUGGUGACAGAUUGACUGAUUUUUAUUUUCUCCCAUUUGACAACAUUUUGUAAAAGGUGUGUGCUUGUAAUAUAGGACAAGUCAGAUAAUAAUAUGUUUCAAGUAUUCAGCUUAUGUUUGCCUUUGAGAUCGAUUAACUUUAUUUUAUUGGGAUCUUUAAUGCGGCUACAAAUAUAGUUUAUUGAUGGUUCUGCAACUGACUAUCAGGUUCCGUCACAUUUAUUAUAUAGGUAGCUGUCAAAAAUUUGUUGGUCUUGAAUACUAAAAGUCUGUUUAAUGGUGAUGUGACAUGAGUUUCCAAUUAUAAAAUUAAUUUUUGACUUUGUAAUAUGUUUUAAUUUACUGGUGUACAGAAGAAAAUUAUAAAUAUUUCUAUGUGUUUCCAAAUAAAUAUGAAUACAUGCUUUAUUUAUAGCUUUAUCAAUUAAUAACAUGAAAUUCUUCUCAGGAAUGUUCAACUUUUAAUUUUAGGUAGUAUGAAAGAUACUGUGAGGCAGCUGACAUAUCAACAGUUUAACAAAAGGAAAAUUCACUCAAAAAAUCUAUAGAAUUAUGACUGAAUUGCUGAUUGUCUGUAACUUCAGGAAGUUAAAUUUUAGUACUGCUGAUACACGCAUGUGAAAGUUCAUACACAGUCCCAAAAUUUUGAACAAAUAGUUCUUUCCACGCAAAGGAAAGAGGGAUAUGUGGGGGAAGAUUGGAAAGGAAGUCCAGGUCUCUCAGACUCCAGGGUGAAAGGGACCCAUCUUUGUCUCUAUUGAUAGUGAUGUCUCAGUGACAUUGCCUUCAUUUUUAACUAUUGACUUCAUUUUAACCUAUCACCACCCUUAUCUCCUUCUUCUGCAAGGAAGGAACAUUAGUACAAAACAGUAGGAUAGUGUACACUUUUCUCACUACCUGUGCCACUACUGAAAUUUCAGCUCCUGAAGUUAUGUAAUGGCCAGCAGUCCUGUCUGAUAAUUUUAUGACAUAUCAACAUUUAAAUGCAUAAGUUGAUGCACUUGUGUGCUCCAUAUGUAAAACCAGUGGAGUUAUGUUGACUUUAGGAAAAUGGUAAUACUUGCCCAAUUCAACUUUAGUAAUUGUAAGUAUCAGUAAAAAAGAAAAAAACCUGUAAUCAUGUCAAGAGCUUUGGACAACCAGAUGUUUCUUUCCUCUGGGUAAAGAGACCUUUACACUUCUUAAAACCUCUAAGACUGGUAUACAUGACAUGGGAGUGCAGAGAACAUUAAUAGUGACAAAAUAGUAAACAAAUAUUUCUUUUAAAUAACAAUACAAAAAUAGCCAUCAUUAUAUUUAUAUGACAGUGGAAAGCCCCAUGUGGAAGUAUUGAGCAGCGAACAGGCACAUGAAAAGGUAUAGAUUAUUGUACCUAACCUGUAAUUCCAUAGUGACAUUGAAAUCUGUGAUCCAACUUUGACUGAAUGUAUGACAGGUUACAGUGAAACACUUUAGAAUUCCUACAGAAAAAUUGUUAGAAUGUAUUGUACAAAACAGCUUAAAAUCUACACCAGAAGAUGUAAAAAAUGUGCAGUUUUCAGACUUCAAGUGUUGUAUAAAUGUAGGAUCUUUAAUCAAAACAUGCUGCCAAAUAAAAUGUGUUUCAGUCAGGGUAUUUUUAAUGAGUGAUUGUCUUUUCUGCUACACAAUCUAUGGGAGUGCUUGUUGUCAUUUUAUAAAACAUAAAAAUUUACUUUUGCCUCCUAUCUAAGACUAUAAUCAUAGGUGAUCUGGUGUUAAUAUUUUGUAUUUUUCACCGUAUUUGUAUUAAAGAUGAUGUUUCAAGUUGCAUGCCAGUUAACCUAAAAACUGUAGUUUCAGGGAAUAAUAAGAUUUGAAAAUUUAUUAAAAAUUUUAAAUGAAGAAACUCUGAUACUGAAGACUCCCAAAGGUUCCUUCACCACUCUGAGGAAUAAGUGUAGAGUGCAAUAAGGAACCUAACCUAACUUUAUACUUUUCUUAAACCAUGGAAAACAUGAAAUGUAAUAAUAACAGUUGUGUACUUAUGAAUGUGUGUGUGUCUGCAGAAAAACUCAGUCUGUUAGCUUAGUCUAAUCUCAGUUGUCCUGUCUGCUGCUCAAUGCCAGCUCUACAUGAGAAACAGUUACACUGUUCUUACAUUUUUGAACUUGUAUCAGCCUAGAUUGAAAAGUAAGUUGUUACUGCAUUAAUGAAAUGACACAAAUUUCUGAGAAGAAGUUCAUUUUUGUAACAAUUAAUUACUAAGUUGAGGUUUUUUUGUGAAGAAAGCUUAAACAAAGGAUAUACAACUCUAUCACUUGUUUUACCCAUUCUUGAACCCAUUCUUCCCUCAUACAUUACUGAGACAGAUGGCUAAUGAAAUAAAAUGGUUGGUCCUAUAUACAUCAUGAAAUUUACAUAGCUGUGUGACUGCUGUUACUGUAUGUGUUGACAAGAAUGUUUAUUUAUUCCACUCCCUUUCAUAAAUAAAUGUACAAAAAUACCUGUAUGUAUCUUACAUUAUUUCUUGAACAAGUUAGCUCUCACUGAUACAUAUAGUUUCAUAAGUAUUAUCUGUACAGUUCUUGUGGUGUGGCACUUCAAAUUUGGUAGCGUAACUUUUUUAUUAAUAAAUGUCUGUACAGGAAAGCUUACCUAUUUUUAUGCAGUAACACCUAACCAUGUAUAUAGAAAACAGAGACGUGCCACUAUGUGAUUGUAAAGAUAGAUUGGCAUAAGGGAAUUAUGUCUUCAUAAUGAGUUUGCUCAUGUGUCAUUUGAUUUAUCUCAUGUGAAAAUAGCAUUUAUGUGUACACUGAUGCCUGAUGAGUAAAUUUCACAUUUUAAUUUA